UCUCCCUGUCCCUAUCUUCAGAGCCAUCUCAAAGAAGAGUCAAAAAAAGGAAGCGGGCUGAAUGUUUCAGAAACCCUAGCUUCUUCCCGCAGGAAACACUUCUCCUUCUUCUGAAAUCGCCGGAUUCUCAUUCUCCAAACCCACCUACGUCUCUCUCUGCACCGUCCAUCUGGUGGGCCGUACCCUCGAUCGGUCACAGUUGAAAAGAGCACAAAGGAACAAGAGCACAGAAUCAAAGACUCAGGUCAGUUAUCCGGAUUGCAAAUGAACAAUACACAUUGCGUGAUUUGGAAUGGAAAACGUAGGGGGGUUGGCGAUGUAGGUAACAUUGGUUUGGAUCUCUUAACCAUUGGCCCGACUUGUACAAACUGAAACCCCAAAGGCUGACCUUGGUGAAUUAUGCCUUGCUCGGUAAUGAAUAGCAAGACAUCACAUGAAAGGGGGUGUUGAGACUGUCCUCUAGCAGUGUAAACUUGGAUGGGGCCACAUGAAGAUAAGAAGACUACACAAAAUCAAAUUAGAUAAUGAUUUUCCUGACCCUUACAAUAAAGAGCUGUGUUAGGAUCUUCUUGAAAGCACAUUGAAAUUGGUGGUUUGCAAUUCACCUGAUAACAUCCUGGCCUGUUUUCUUUAAAGGGGAGGGUCACAUUCCUAGUCUCUAAAUUCUUCUACACAAUGGCAUCAUCUAUUAUGAAUAUGACAAACAUCACAUUGGAUCAGUUAAUAGCGGUGGUUAAUGCCCCUUUUGCACGAGCUGUUGUUUUUGGAGUGCAUAUUGGUGGGCAUCUAGUUGUGGAAGUCAUCCUUGUGGCAGUCAUCUUUUUCUUACUUCUCCAAAAGAGCUACAAGCCCCCAAAACGGCCUUUGACGGAGAAGGAAAUAGACGAACUUUGUGAAGAAUGGGUCCCAGAAUCUCUUCAUCCUCCUCUUACAAAAGAAAUGGAAUAUGAACCUCGAGUGUUGGAAAGUGCUGCUGGGGUCCAUACAGUUAUAGAUGGCAAUGAAGUUGUGAAUUUUGCUUCAGCAAAUUAUCUGGGAUUAAUAGGGCAGGAGAAGUUAAUUGAAUCGUGUACGGCUGCAUUAGAGAGAUAUGGUGUUGGUUCUUGUGGUCCUCGUGGUUUCUAUGGGACGAUUGAUGUCCACCUUGACUGUGAAGCCAGGAUUGCAAACUUUUUGGGAACACCGGACUCGAUACUUUAUUCCUAUGGGAUUUCUACUAUUUUCAGUGCGAUUCCAGCCUUUUGUAAGAAAGGCGACCUCAUCAUUGCUGAUGAGGGUGUCCACUGGGGAGUACAAAAUGGUCUUUAUCUAUCCAGAAGCACCGUUGUGUAUUUCAAGCACAAUGAUAUGGAGUCCUUGCAAAGCACUUUGGAGAAAGUUACUCGAAAAAAUCAGCGUGCAAAAAAGCUGCGGCGCUAUAUUGUGGUUGAAGCCGUGUACCAGAAUUCUGGCCAAAUUGCUCCACUAGAUGAGAUAAUUAGACUGAAAGAGAAGUAUCGGUUCCGAGUCCUGUUAGACGAGAGCAAUUCUAUUGGUGUGCUCGGCCAUUCUGGAAGAGGUCUUUCUGAACAUUAUGGAGUUCCAAUUGAAAAGAUUGAUAUUAUAACUGCUGCUAUGGGGCAUGCACUAGCUACAGAUGGAGGAUUCUGCACUGGAAGUGUUAGAGUUGUUGAUCACCAGCGUCUCAGUAGCUCUGGAUAUGUGUUUUCUGCAUCGUUACCUCCUUAUCUUGCGAGUGCUGCAAUUACUGCUAUUGAUGUCCUGGAGGAAAAUUCUAAUCUGCUCAUGAAGCUGAAGGAAAAUCUUGCGCUUCUAUGGAAAGGUUUGUCAGACAUACCAGGCCUGUCAAUUACAAGCAGCCCACUGUCACCCAUUGUCUUUCUCAAACUAAAGAAUUCAACUGGUUCCUUCAAGAAUGAUAUGAUCCUGCUUGAAGAUAUUGCUGACCAUGUAUUGAAGGACUCUGUGUUCCUGGUGACGUCUAAGAAAUCUGCUAUUGAUAAGUGCCGUCUCCCGGCAGGCAUUCGCAUGUUUGUUUCUGCAGGCCAUUCAGAUUCCGAUCUCCUUAAAGCAUGCGAGGCAUUGAAGAAAGCUGCUGCAGCUGUGCUAUAGGACCAGUACUGGCAGGUGCCUUCUGAUCUUUGCUCAUUGCGAUCCUUUUGUUACGAAAUGUGAGUCCAGGGUGGAGACUGUCACAUUUGCACCCUAUUUCUUUAUUUUUUUCUCAUCAAUAGAAUAAAAUACUGUGUUAGUCUUGACAUGUAAAUAGAUUUUAAUGUGUAUGUGUUUAAUUUCAGUGCUGCAACUGUUGGUGUGAGGGUUUGAUAUGACGACUGUUUGGAUGUUAGAAUCAGGAGAAAUUUUUUGUAUAGUAUUAGAGUGUAAGUGGCGGGCUUCCAAGUAUUUUUGUGUUAAUGCAUGAGUUUUUAUUUUUAUAUA